AUGGCGGCCUCCUCCUCUCGCGUCCCUUCUCCUGGGUGGCUGCUCGCCGCGCACUGCGCGCUCCUGCUAGCUUUGGCCGGAGCUGGAGCUGCACGCGGCCACCCUCCGGCGCUGAGCUCCACGUUCUACGACGCGUCGUGCCCCGGCGCCCACGACGUCGUCCGCCGCGUCAUCCAGGACGCGCGCGUCUCCGACCCCCGCAUCCCGGCCAGCCUCAUCCGCCUCCACUUCCACGACUGCUUCGUCAACGGUUGCGACGGCUCACUUCUGCUGGACGACGACCUCCCCGCGAUCCGCACCGAGAAGACCGUGCCAGCCAACAACAACUCGGCGCGCGGCUUCCCGGUGGUCGACGGCAUCAAGCGCGCGCUGGAGGCGGCGUGCCCCGGCAUCGUCUCCUGCGCCGACAUCCUUGCCCUCGCAGCCGAGAUCUCCGUUGAAAUCUCUGGAGGACCAAGCUGGAGAGUGCUGCUCGGCCGGCGGGACGGCACCAAGACCAACGUCGAGAGCGCCAACAACCUCCCGAGCCCUUUCGACUCCCUGGACAAGCUCCAGCAGAAGUUCAGAAACGUCAACCUCGACGACACUGAUCUCGUCGCCCUCCAAGGAGCGCACACCUUUGGCAAAGUGCGGUGCCAGGUCACGCGGGAGAACUGCACGGCCGGGCAGCCUGAGGGCACGCUGGAGAACCUGGACCAGGUUACGCCCAACGUGUUCGACAACAAGUAUUACGGCAACCUCUUGCACGGCCAAGCUCAGCUGCCGUCCGACCAGGUCAUGCUGUCGGACGCUGCUGCGCCGGCGACCACUGCGCCCAUCGUUCACCGAUUCGCGAGCAACCAAAAGGAUUUCUUCGGGAACUUUGUGGCGUCCAUGAUCAAGAUGGGCAACAUCAGCCCGCUGACUGAGAGGGAUGGAGAGAUCAGGAAGAACUGCCGGAGGGUCAAUAGCAAAGGCUACUGAUGACUCCCGUACAAUUUGGUCUGGC